AUUAAAUUGCUUUUAAUUAAAUAUUUAAUACAAGCUAGCAAGCAAAUUUAGUAGAGAAUGAUAGACGCUACUUCAAGAAAUUGUAGAUUGUCCAUUUAUAAGUCAGAUUUUGAAUUAAACAUAAAUGAAGAAGGAAAUAUAGUUAGGUCAUGCUAAAGUGCAGGCUUUUAGCUAUUAAUGAAGCAGGCUAAGGCUAAUUAUGGUAUCAGAAGCGGUCGAUUUAUGUUUGAAAUAAAAAUUAUCCGCUAUUUAGAUCCUGAAGAAUUCAAAGGAUUUAAUGCUUUAGCUAAGAAUUAAAUUAUAAACGACAGUUUGAAGGAAUCUAAACAUUUAGUAAGAGUAGGAUGGUCUACUUAAUAUGCAAAAACAUCUACGGCUUUAGGCGUUGAUUACGAUAGCUGUGGCUAUGAAAACUCAGGAACUAGAUACUAUGCAGGAAAUUAUAAAAAAUAUGGAGAAACCUUUGGGCCUGGUGAUGUUAUUCGUUGUUGUAUUGACUUAGAAGGUUAAAAUAAGAGCUUUUCAUUUUACAAAAAUGGUUAGUUCUAGGGUAUAGCUUAUAGGAUAUCAAAUAAAUAAAAUGACAAAGCUUAUUUCCCUUCUGUUAAUAUUCGUAAUGCAGAAAUUAUGUUUAACUUUGGAAAUAAUCAAGAUGAAUUAUUUCCUAUUAAACCUGAAGGAGCUCUUAGCAUAACUGUGAUAUAACCAGGAGCAGUUAUGCCUAUUCAUUAAAAUCCUGCAUAAGUAUAGUAACCACUUGUUACAUACCCGGGAUAACCCUAGGCUUAAACCUCCAACCCAUAUAUUGCUCCAACUGUUGCUCCGUAAACAAAUUUACCUGCAGGAUAAUAUAUUGUUCCACAAACUACUGCUUAAAAUCAAUAUGUAAAUCAUCAUGCCCAACAACCUAUUCCCGCAACUGGAGCUCCUGUAGCCUAAUAGAACCCAUAUGCAUAUGGUUAGUAAGCUGCUUAUUAGUAAUAGCCUUACGUACACCAAUAAUACCCAUAAUAGCCUUACAUCUAGUAAUAACCAUAUCAAUAACAAGAGUCUGCAAAAGUCUCAAUUCCUAAUGCUUAAAAUCUUGUUAGUAAAGAAGAAAUUAAAAUAUCUUAAUACAGUUUCAUUCACCUAGCUUCUGAUAGUCAAAAAGAAUAUGAAUAAAUUUAAAUUCUAGAAUAAUACGAAGCUAUUUUUAUGGUGGGACUACCUGCAUCUGGUAAAACCACAUUUGCUCAAUAAUAUGUAAAAAAAAACCAAGACACAAUUUUACUCGGUUCAUUUGAAAUAUUUGAGCAUAUUGUUAAUAAUAUUUAGGUUUAACAUCUUAAUUAGAAUUUAACUUUGUUAAUGGAGAUAUGCAAUCAUAUUAUGGAAAAAAGCAUGAAGUUAAUUGCUAGACUGCAGAAGAGAAGCGUUCUAAUUGAUUAAUGCAAUGUACUCCUUAAGGCUCGUUUAAAAAAAUUGAAAAUCUUUAAGAAUUUUGUGAGAAAAGCAUUUGUGUUGGUGGUCAGUGAUAGCGAUUAGAGAAAACGUAUGCUUAAAAGGGAAAGACAGAUAUUAAAUUAAUGCUAGAUGUAUCCUAAGUUAUGUUUGGAAAGUUUCAGAAAUUUGUAAGAGAAUUUUGUUAUGCCAACUAAAGAAGAAGGUUUUGCUGAAAUUUAGUAUUUGGAAAUUGAAGAAGAUAUAGCCUAAAGAGUCGCAUUGAUGAAUAACCUUAUUGUUGUUAAUGAAGUACAUCCUUUAUUAAAACCAUAUGAUUUCAAGAGAGUGAAAGCUUUAAAAGAGGCUCAAGAAAAGCUAAAAAUGUAGUAGCUUUAGUAGCCUUAGUAAAGAGGUAUGCCAGUGGUUUAAUAAUAGCAAUAACAAUAAUUAUAAGCACCACAACAGUAAUAACAACAACAGCAGCAAUACCAAUAGCAAUAGCAAUAAUAAGCGGGAUCAACAGGAAAUAAUUAAUAAACCUAAUAAAGCGAAAUUGGAUAAAACAAAAGCCAAUCAAAUCAAAUUCAAUUUAUUACUUAAAAUAACGCAGAGCAGCAGCAACCUAAUUAAAAUGAAUCUGAAAACAAGCAAGAUUAGGAACAUGAUUAAUAGGAUGAAGAAAUGAAUAACUCUUAAGAAGAAUAUUAAAACAAUCAAUAAGAAAACUACGAAAAUGAAAACUCUUAGGAUUAGGAUGGAUACGACCAAGAACAAGAGUACAGCAAUUAAUAUUAAGAAAAUUCAGGAUAAAAUAACUCAAAUCAUGAUGAAAAUGAAAACCAGGGUUAAGAAUAAGAUCAGCAGAAUGAAGAUGAAAUGGUAGAAGAACAACAAAACGAAUGA